ACUUACUGUUGCAGGUCUAUUCAUUAGAUUGGACCUCUGAAAAGAAUCGAAUUGUCAGUGCAUCUCAAGAUGGACGUUUGAUAGUAUGGAAUGCACUAACAAGCCAGAAGACUCAUGCCAUAAAGCUGCCUUGUGCAUGGGUCAUGACUUGUGCUUUCUCACCGACCGGACAAUCCGUUGCUUGUGGUGGUCUUGAUAGUGUUUGCUCUAUUUUCAACCUGAAUUCCCUUUGUGACAAGGAUGGGAAUCUACCUGUAUCAAGAACACUUAGUGGACAUAAGGGUUAUGUUUCCUCCUGUCAAUAUGUUCCAGAUGAGGACACUCACCUGAUUACUGGAUCUGGUGAUCAAACAUGUGUUUUGUGGGAUAUUACUACUGGACUCAGGACUUCAGUUUUUGGAGGUGAAUUUCAGUCUGGACACACUGCAGAUGUACUGAGGUAUAUCGGGUGGUUUUAAAUGGCUGUAUAUAUA